UUCCCCGACAUGCACAAGCAGUGUUUUAGAGGUUAGAAAACCCCUUCUUUCCAUCACUCUUUCAAAAAUUACCUAGAGAAGAAGGGAGAAUCUGCAGAAUACCCCCGAGGAGCCUACGGAAUUAAGCCAAGGAGGGUGAAAAUGGAGUCCUGCCAACCAGCUACGACACAGGUGCCACAACAGGCGCAGCCACAGAUUCAAAUAUACGGUAGCUCAAAUGGUGAAAUUUCCCCAUUCUGGAGAGAGAAGUAUGAAAGAGAUGCAAAGAAGUACUGGGAUAUAUUCUACAAACGCCAUCAAGAUAAAUUCUUUAAGGACCGGCAUUACUUGGACAAGGAAUGGGGACAUUACUUUUCUGGUGCUGGAAGAAAAGUCAUUCUGGAGGUUGGCUGUGGGGUGGGGAACACUAUCUUUCCUUUGGUUGCAAGAUAUCCAGAUAUAUUUAUCCAUGCCUGUGAUUUUUCACCACGUGCUGUGAACUUGGUCAAGAAGCAUAAGGAGUUCAAUGAGGGCCAAAUAAAUGCUUUUGUGUGUGACCUAACUGUUGAUGACCUGAGUGAACAGAUUCCUCCAUCUUCAGUUGAUGCUGUUACCAUGAUAUUUGUAUUAUCUGCAGUCUCCCCGGAAAAGAUGUCCAUAGUAUUACAAAAUAUCAGAAAAGUUCUCAAGCCAAGUGGUUGCGUGUUGUUUCGUGACUAUGCAACGGGUGACCUUGCUCAGGAAAGAUUCUCUUGCAAAGAACAGAAGAUCAGUGAGAACUUCUAUGCUAGGGGUGAUGGCACUAGGGCUUUCUACUUCUCUGACGAGUAUCUGACAAAAUUAUUCAGCGAAAAUGGAUUUCAUACUGAAGAACAUCUAUUAUGCUGCAAACAAGUAGAAAACCGAUCAAGAGAUAUAGUAAUGAACCGGCGUUGGGUCCAAGCUGUAUUUCGCAUGAAUGGGGAUGAUGAUGACAAUUUAAGCUGUGUUGAAACAGAGCAGGUAAAACCUCAGGUCAAAGAUCUUAUCCCGAAAAUUGCUACAAAUGGACUGGAAGUUGACAUCUCUGAUGGAUUGGCUUGUGAAAUGUUUGGCAUAGAAUCUUCUAGCGAAGAGAUUAUUGAGGUCAUUAUAAGAGAUCACAUGUUCAAGAUAAAAGUGCUUUCCAGGGAGCACCAACAUACCUGCAAAUCAACUGGGCUGAUGCUAUGGGAAUCAGCUAGGCUCAUGGCUUCUGUCCUUGCUGCAAAUGCAACAAUUGUUGCAGGAAAAAGGGUCUUAGAACUUGGGUGUGGCUGUGGGGGAAUCUGCUCAAUGCUGGCCACUGGAUCUGCUGAUCUCGUGGUUGCCACUGAUGGAGAUGCAAAAGCACUCGAAUUGUUGACUCAAAAUGUUGCUUCAAAUCUCAAAGCAUCGUCUUCUGGCAGGUUAAUAACGAAAAGACUGGAGUGGGGAAAUGAAGAUGAUAUAGAAAGCGUCAAGGAGCUGAAUGGCAAGGGAUUUGAUGUUAUCAUAGGCACUGAUGUUACCUAUGUCCGUGAAGCUAUAUCACCCUUGUUUCAAACAGCGAAGGAGUUGAUUGCAGCCAGCCAGGAGAACGAAGAGGAUAGAAGGCCUGCUUUAAUUCUGUGUCAUCUUCCUCGCAGAGUUGAUGAACCAUGUAUUCUUGCAGCAGCUUCUGAGUAUGGUUUCAAGCUAGUUGAUAGGUUGCCUAAGCAAAACGCAAGAAGCUCACCUCAGAGCAUUAUUAGCUCUUGGUUCCACGAAGACGGAUAUGAAGACUAUUUUCCCACUAAAGCUCUCAGUAUUAUGUACUUCACGACAUAAUGGACAUCAGAAAAUUGCCCAAUAGAGAUUUGGAGGAAGGAGUGUUUCCAUGGAUGAUGGUAGUUUUGUUCAUGUUACGACUAUGCCCUUGAUAGGAAAAGAAUAUCAAAAUUUUCAGAAUAUUAACCAUCUUGUGGAAAUCCGUCCUCUUGCCGUGGUAGGCAUUGCUAAUGUGGUUAAAAUUAUAAGAAUCUGAAUAUAUUGUGGUGACA